GUGACCUAAUACAACAGUUUUUCUUUCAGGAACAUGUUCGUCUUAUAAUGAAACAAAGAGAACAUCAGCAGAAAGCCAAGUGAUCAACCCAUUGAUAAUAAUUGAGGUCUCUUCUGAAGAUGACUGUGUUAUCGAAGGCCAGCCUUAUAUCGUUCAAACGAAGUUCAAAUACAACACAGAGAAGGUAUGGGCGGUCAAACUCAAUGAUACCGCUAUUGAAAAUCUACGAGAUGUCGUUUUUGAUAGUGGGUUGAAUGCCAAAAUUCAAAUUGGCUCAGAUCUUUAUGACAGUCAUGGCAACACUACAGUUGAAAUAGUGAUUUCUGAUGUUCUUGAAAAGAAAGUCAUCACUAAGCAAAUUUGUGUCCUACGCCAAAUGAAUUUGAUAAAUAUAACGGUUGCAAAGGCGGCUCAACCUUACGAGUUUGUAACUUUUUAUGUCGAGAGUAGACGUGAGAGUGGAAGUUUAACAAUGACGAUAAAAUAUGGCAACGGCAGGACAGGUAAUAAAAUGCUAAUGAAUUCUUUAGAAACAUUUUCUAAUUCUUACAGAGAUCUAGGACAUUAUAACUACACUUGGGAAGUAUCAGGUGCAGCAGGUAUUCAGAGGGGAAGUGGUAUAGUCAAAGUCAUGUGGGCAGUUUUAAAAAGCUAUGACUAUGAAUUCACUGCUAAUAUCAAGACGUUAUACUGGCCAGCUAAUGAAGUACGGUUUUUUGCACGAGCAGAUUGCAGAUAUCUCUCAGGGGAUACAGCUACCGAUGCAUAUUUCAGAAUCAUGUUGAGUGAUGGAACAUUUUUAACCGACUGGCGGGAAUUUCCUCAGCCUUCCUGUUGGGACUACGCCUAUCUGUUCACUUACAAAUUCAAGAAACCAGGUUGCUGGAAGGUCUGGCUUGAGCUUAAGAACCUUCUAGGCUACUGUGCUAUAACGGAGAGAGUAGAUGUUGUUUUAGAGUUCAAAGUUCAUUCACUGGUAAUCGAAAAUGUUCCACCAGUGAGACGCGUCGUCAAAGAAAUUGACGGCAAACAGGUACUGCAUCUAAGAAAAGUUGACCCUUUUCGUGUUGUUUCCAACAUUACCGGAGGCUUCUGCAGACAAUAUACGUAUGAUAUGAUUUACACUAGGUUUCGCUGGUACCACGAGGACAAAGACAUAUUAGAAAUUUCAUACUUUGUAGGGAAAGGUGGCACCUAUGAUUUACGAUUCUUUGUUGAAAACAAAGCAUCUGGCUAUGAAAAAAUACAGCGUUUGGCUCUUGUAGACUCACUAAUAGGGCUGAAAUUGCUAGCUUCUGAUCCUGAUCAAGAUGGCGUUGUAUCUUUCUAUUUGUUGGUUCAAGAUCCAGGCACAGACACAAAUGUUACUUGGAACUUGAUUGUAGAGGAGGAAUUCACUGAAAGAAAUCCAGCGUUCUCAGCCGCUGCUUCACUCCCAAAUAUAACAGCUGUAGAGGAAGCAAAAAGGAUUGACUUGGGAAAAUAUAUUGGUUAUAUAAAACAGUACAGAUUCAGAUCGUCUGGAUCUUAUCCGGUCACUGUUUCUGCUAGUGACCCCUUCUUAACACUGACUGACACGAAAACUGUCUACAUAUCAAAGAGACCUUGCCAAAGACCAGUCGUUACCAUAUUAUUAGGAAGUGGCAGAAGUCAUUUAAAAUUCAGCGUUCUAGAUUCGUUUACAGUCUUAUCUGAUGCUGUAAUUGAUUGUGAAGAAUCAAACCAGGCUACAUUCCUUUGGUCGCUUUUCAACAGUAGCAUGUACGCCAUGAAUAGAAACGAUCCGGCUGAAAAAGACAAACGUAUCAAUUUCCCUCCAGAUGUGGUGACAAAUCAACGUGAGAUAGCGAUCCAGAAGAGCAGCCUCACCCCUGCAGUAUACAAACUGAAACUGGAAGCUCAGAUGCACGGUUCCAAUUACUCUGGCAGCGACGAGGCUUUUCUUGAGAUUACAGCCGUACCAAUAAAGGUAAUUAUCGCAGGAGGUACAGCUAGGCUUUUGCAAUGGGAAAAGGACAUUUUCCUGGAUGCCUCUGCAACACAUGAUCCAAAUAUCCUGCAUGGGGACAACGAAGAUUUGAUGUACUGGUGGUUUUGCAAAGUCAAACCGAACACUAUACACUUUGUUAUUGGUAAAGGAGGCUGCUUUGGUCACGGUGAAGGGGUUAUCGAGCAUAGAAAUGACACUUGGACGAUCCCUGCUAAGACUUUAAUAAAGAAUGGUGUCUACAAUAUGACACUUAAAGUAAAAAGUAACACCGUGAAAGGAAGGGAAGGGAGAUAUGAGCAGCAUAUCGAAAUCAGAUCUGGAUCUGUCAUAAAAACAAAUAUCAAAUGCAACGCAAACUGCAAAAACCAGGUUGAUCCCGAAACGAGAUUAUCAUUAUUGGGAACCUGUGACGGUUGUGGAGCGUAUGUAAGAUACAACUGGAAGCUACUCGUUAAAAAAGAUUCAACCGUCUUUCCUUUGCGUUGGCUUGUGGAUACAAGAACACCGGAAGAUUCAAUCUCAUUUGUUCUCAAUCCAACCAUAUUAACAAAGAAUACAGAAUACCUUGCGAGGUUUACCGCGACUGACCCAUCAGGCGAUGAAGGCUACACGGAUUACGGUUUACAAUUGACGACGCCACCUUACGGUGGAUACUGCAACGUAGAGCCAGAGUCUGGAGAAGCAGUAAAAACUGAGUUCAAAGUUGCUUGCUUUAACUGGAGAACGAGCACGUCUUCACUGGAAUACUCAAUGUCUCUGAUUAAGCAUUCAGCUGUGCUUGGCGCAUUGAAAGACGAUUCAGAGUCUACGUUGCUUUCAUACAGUCCUCUGUCUCACACAACUGUAAAAUUACCUGAAGGAUCGAGCAAGGACGAUUACAACCAGACAAUUGAAAUAAGAAUAAUUGAUACCAAUGGAGCCAGCACAGUGAUCAAUACAACAGUAAAGGUGCUACCGUUUACUGUUGAAGACAAAACUGCAGGCGACACACCGCUAGAAUCAGAACUCGAAACGUACGUGCAUGGAAAAGACAGCACAUUGUCAAAGUUAGUGGGAUCAGGCGAUGUACAAGGGCUGACCCGGUUCACAAAAUCAAUUGGAAAAAGUUUAGAUUCUGCUAAAGACGAUAAACCCAGUGAUGCAACCGAUUUGAAAGAGAAGCGCAAGGAAAAACGAACAAAGAUGCGGGAUGAGAUAGUGAAAUCUCUCACUGAUGUUAAGUUAACAACCCUGGAAAAUUUUGCAGUAGUAAAUAGCGCUCUUGAAAAGGUUUCUGUCACUGAAGAUGAGGUCACCAAAUCAUCGCAAGAUAAAAUGCUAAAGUUCUUUGACUCUGGUACAAAGUUUAUGGAAGAAAGUUAUGAUCAGUGGAAGCAGCGUGACCCUAAACUUGUUCAAGAUGCAAUGGCUUCCCAUUUAGAAGGAGUUGGAAAUAUGAUGCAGUCAGCAGUUUCAAGCAGAUCUGAAGCUCAAGGACAGGAAAAAGAUGAUUAUCUUAAAUUCACGGAUAAUACCAUGAAGAUCAUUGAAGACUCAACAGCACUUUUGUUUCGAUCAAUCGCCGUAAACGAAAUAGCAAAACGAAUAGGCAGUAAGUCAAUAUCAGUGGAGGUGAAAAAGUCAGAGGGGAGCGAUCUGAACAGUUUAACAAUGCAAACGCUCGAAGGAGGCAAACUGCAAACUCCAUCAGGUCAAACACUCUUUGGUGUUAAUAAUACGAAUAAAGAUGUCAUCGAAGUUAAGAUGGUUUCAUUAUCGAAGAAUCCUUACACUUGGGACGAAGAAGGUACUGGCAAGCUAAUUUCACCUACCAUACCGAGUGCGAAGUUUGUUGCAGAUGGGAGCGAAAUUGUGGUGGAAAAUCUUCCACCUGGGGAAGAAACUAUCGUAGAAGUUCCAACUCCAAACAUCAAAUUUAUUGAGCAAAGUGAAACUUUGAGAGCCAGCCAAAGUCUGAUUUAUCUGAUCACGCUGCCUGUGACUGGAUUGUCAGUUAUGCUGAAGACACGUUGUGUUGGAAGUCCUUGCAGAAUUUACGUAAGCAGUAAGGGAAAGCCAACAUUCUUGAGUAGCGAAGGCAGCUUUGCAGUAGAAGAUAGCAGUAACAGCAGCCAGGAAGCACCGUUCACGCUGUACCCUGACGUACAGAGCACUACAUUCAAUAUAGGAGUCAGAAGUAUCCGCGAGAAUGCAUCAUCUCUUGAAGAAACAAAAUUUUCCAUGGCAAUGUUUACAACUGGUUGCUUUUUUUGGGAUGAAAAGUCAAGCAAAUGGAAAACUGAUGGUUGUCAGAUAUCAAGCCAAACAAAUCCACAAAAAACAGUCUGCAAAUGCAACCAUAUGACAUGGUUUGGAGCUGGUCUGAUUGUGCAACCAAAGCUGAUUGAUGUCGAGAAAGAAAUUCUCAAAAUAAAAGAUCUAGCUGAUUAUCCGGCUCUGUUGGCAACUGUCUGCGUCAUCGGUGGUCUGUACAUAAUAGCUAUGAUAUGGGCAAGACGUCAGGAUAACAACGAUGUUCUUAAGGCGGCUCUUAUAAUUGUCGAUGAUUGCUGUCAAACCCACAAACAUCGUUAUGAGGUAACAGUUUACACUGGAAGUCGACCUGGCUCUGGCACUACAUCAUCUGUCUGCAUCAUUCUUGGUGGUUCCAACGGCGAAAGUGACCCUCACUGCUUGUCAACAGUGUCUGAAAUUCUGUUUCAAAGAGGAGGCGUGGACUCUUUUCUUGUAACCAGUGCAGAGGAUUUAGGAACAUUAACAUGGAUUCGAGUGUGGCACGAUAACACUGGUUCAAGCCGAUCUUGGUAUCUCAGCAGAAUAGUAGUCACAGACAUCCUGAAAGGCACUCAAACGACCUUCGUUUGUCACACGUGGUUAGGAAUUGGCAUUGAAGAUGGCCAAAUCGACAAGACAUUCAUUGCUGUUGAAGGAGAAUUAUCCAAAGAUUUUGAAACGCUUUUCUUAGCUAAAACAUCAAGAGGAUUCAGUGAUGAUCAUCUUUGGUUCAGCGUUGCUAUGCGACCCCCAAGAAGUCACUUCACACGCUGCCAAAGAGUCUCAUGUUGUCUUUCUGCUCUUCUGUGCACAAUGCUUGCUAAUGCUAUGUUUUAUCAAAGAAAACAAGUCUCUGGUACUGAAAUUAAACUUGGUGCUUUUUCGUUCAGCUGGAGCCAGAUUGCGAUCGGUGUGGAAUCAGCAUUGAUUGUCAUUCCUAUUAAUUUGCUGGUUGUGAAAUUGUUCAGGAAUGCAGCACCCUCUUUCAAGUACGUGCCUGAGGAAGAGGUCACCAAGUCAACAACAUCAUCCGAGGAUAAAACAUCCAGUGUUGGUUUGCAUGAUCAAGACGUCAAGAUCACAAUUCAUGAUACAACUGAGCCAACCGAAAGUUCCUUAGUAAAAGUUGGAUCAACAAAUUAUCCGUUCAUGGACAUCAUGUCUGAAGAUACUUUGAAUCUUAUCCAAACACUGAAUGAAAUGGAAAAUGAUGAAUGCAAUACUCUUCAUUUUGUGCAUUCAAUCACCUCAAAGAUGUCUCAAAAUGAGAAUAUGUGUGCCUUAGAAGACAUGACACUUCAUGUAAAUCUGAAUCGAGUUCAAAACAAAGACUGCUCAAUGAGGCAAGAUGGCUUCCUGGCACCCAUUGGUGCAUCGACUAAGAACCCAAACAGAGCUACUCUAAAAUAUUCGCAAAAUAUUCCAGUGCCCUCACCUACAGACAGAGAUAAAGAUGCUUCCUCUCUUUUGGUUCAAAAACAUGAUAUGGUUUCAGCUGGUGUAAAGAAAAACAACAAGUCGAUGACAAUGCUUGAUCAAAAUCUAAAGAAUUCGAUUACCAAAAACAUCGAAAACGGCAAUGAAGCACUAUUUAGUAGACAGGAUAUUUUUAUCAACAUGGAUACAAACAGCUUUUUAAAUAGUGAAUUGCUUGUAGACAAAAUCUCCAUGGAUGCCUUAGACCUGUUGAAUCAUUUGAAUGACGAACAAAAUGAUGCUCAUUCGGGAGCUAGGAUAGAACCGGACGUGUUGAAAGAGAUUCUGAAAAAGAAUUCCGGAAUCCUUGAAGAUGAUAAAAACAAGAAGAAAGAUGGAGUGAAAUUCUGGCCCCACUGGUGCUUGUAUGUUGGCUGGACCAUCUGCAUUCUGACAACCGUUACUGCUGGAUUCUUCACCUUACUUUACGGUCUCAGUUUUGGUCGGGUCAUGCAAGAAGAGUGGCUAGUUUCCUUUUUCACCUCUAUUUUUCAAGACAUAUUUGUUUCACAACCUUCAAAGGUUAUUGUGAUUGGCUGUGUAUUUGCAUUUAUCCUGAGAAAGCUUUCUGAAGACGAGAAACUUCCUGAAACUGAGCUUGUUAAGAACACAGAAUGGGUAAAGAAUCACCUACCUCUGCAAGACAAGCGCGUGACUGGAUCAAGAAUAAGAGUUCCAUUAACCGAAUCAUAUGUCCACAGGGCUCAUAUGAACAGAUUGAAGCAAAUGCAAAUGACAGAAGUGACAUUAGAGAUUAUUGUUUACUUCUUCUACAUAUUCCUUGCAUUAUUGAUAGCAUAUGGACACAGGUCUCCAAACGCGUAUGGCAUGGGAAUAAACAUCAAACAAAUGUUCGUCAACGACAAGUUUGAUGCGAUUACAAAUGUCAAUGACUUUUGGAAAUGGGUGGACAAGUCAUUUUUACCAUCAAUGUAUGGAGAAAAAUGGUAUAAUGGUGAGCCCACCAGUCAAAAGCGGUUCCUUUCUGACUAUGUCACCUAUCUAAUUGGAAGUCCAAGAUUACGACAAAUCCGAGUGGUGCAAGAGCCAUGUAGAUUGACGGGUACUAAAUACCAGAUUGAAAGGAAGAAAUGCCAGGAUACUUUUGAUGAGUCAAAACAAGACAAAGGUGACUAUUCCAGAGGAUGGACUAGAAAUGGAUCAAUAUCGGACAGUUUUUCAACUGGAAGCAAUAGAGAGAACCCAUGGCGGUAUUACUCAGACUCAACUUUAAAAGGACAUACAUUUGUUUCCCAGAUAAACAGUUAUCCAGGUGGGGGAUAUGUUCGCACGCUCGGAACAACUUUCCAAGAAGCCAACUCGUCAUUUUCUUACUUGAAGAAGCAUCUCUGGCUGGAUACUCUCACGCGAGCCCUGUUUAUCGAAUUUUCAACCUAUAAUAACAACGACAACUUCUACUGCAUCGUCACAAUGGUUUUGGAAUUCAACCCUGAUGGGGGAGCAGCACCAUACGAUAAGGUCCUCACAACAAGGCUAGAUCGUUACAACAGUGAAUUCUCUUUCUUCUUGGCCGCUUGUGAAAUAUCUUUCCUUCUUUUAACUCUAUACUAUAUGUGGCUAGAAUUCAAAAUAUUCCGAAAGAAAGGAUUCAAAUAUUUUCGUGAGUUCAGUAGCAUUAUCGAAAUGCUCAGUUUUUCAUUCACAUGGGCUGCAUUUGCAUUGCUUCUAAUCCGCCUUGGCGUUGUCAAGUGGACAAAAAUGGAGCACCAGGAAAAUCCUGACGGGUUUACCAGUUUUCAAUAUGCAGGUUCAAGUGAUCUGGCGUAUGGUUAUGCAUUGGCAACGGUUGUCGUUAUUGCAUUUCUGAAGGUUCUGAAGAUUCUCCGGUUCAACAAGAACAUGCUGAUUCUUUUCAAAACAUUACAGUACGCAAGUGAUGGCUUAAAGUAUUACCUAAUAUUCUUUACAAUUGCCUUUGCUGCUUUCAUACAAUGGGGUCAUUUGACUUUUGGUAGACACCUUUCUGGUUAUGCAACAAUGGUAAGAUCGUGUAUGUCAAUCAUGAAUCUUCUUCUGGGCUCUCCUCAGUUCUACAAGUUGCAAGAGACAAAUAGAAUAGUAGGCCCAAUAUUCUUCACUUUAUUCAUUCUCAUAGUUAUGUUCGUCCUGAUGAAUUUGUUUCUUUCGAUAAUCAUGGACGCUUUUGCUGCUGUCAGAAGAGAGAUGGCUGGUAAAGCAAAUGAAUACGAGUUGCUUGAGUUUCUAUACGAGCGACUUACUACGUUCUUUCCAUGUCUGCAGUCAGAAACAAAACAAGCUGAGUUGCAGCUCAGUGAGGAAAAUGUAGAAAAAUAUUAUCAACGACGGUUGAAGCAAAGAAAAGGUGAGGAAUCAGAAGACAACGAUAUGGGGUCAAUUGGCAAAAGUAUUGAUAAGAUGGAGGAUCUGGUCAAUAAACUUCUUCUCUCAGAAUAUGAAGAGAUAGAGGAGCUGGCUCGAGUUGCCUUGAAAUUAAAGAGCAAAUCAUGUUUAUUGGACACAGAAUCAACAGUAGAUGAAGAAGAUAUCGAUGUUCAAAUCUGACUCUUUUUGAUGUUGUGGACAUACUUUAUCACAUAUUUUUCGUCGGUUGAUAGGCACUUAGGUCUUUCUGUUUUCAGAGCCGUCUGUUUAGAAUGAAAUAAAUCGGAGAUUAGAAAAAGAAACUUAAAUUUGGAUAUCAUUUUUACUUUAGAACUCGUUACAUUGGCCUCAUCAUAUAGAUAACAUCAAAAGGAGUUAUAUAACGGGAGUAUUUACAAGCCAUUUUAAAUGUAUUUGUAAAGAACGAGAGAGAAGAGAAUAAAUUGUUUCAACAAGGCUAUAUGCUAAUUUUUAGCUUAAAAUUGCAUGUAAGAAACAUCCUUUCCCAUCAUUUCUAAGAUAUAGAGACAUUCAGCAGUAAGGGUUUUUACUUGUGAAUUUAAGCCUCUUUACUUGAUUUUAAGUGUAAUUUCAAAGUUUUGACAUUUUAGAAUGCUUCCUUUCAAUUCAAGUAUGUUAGUAACUUAAUUUCGGAAGUUUUAACUAUAUUAAUUAUUUUUUAUGUUACAAGCUGUCAAUUGCUUUAUAAAAUAUUUGAGUAUUCAAUGUGGAGAAAAAUUAUGUUAAGCUAUGCUUUAUAUGUUAAUAGAGUUAUAAAUCAUAGAAAAUUUACGAUAUUUAUGAAACAAUUAGUAUAUCUUAUUAAUCAUGUUUGAUUAUAUUCUAGAAAGUCUACAUGAACAAGCCUGAAUCGAUUAUUUUUGAGUCCGGAUUCUUCCAGUUUCUCGCUGCGAGUCAUUGUUAAUUACGAUUCUGGGUGAUUACAACAAAGUUAAAUCAAAGUACUUUGCAGAGUCAAUGUUUCCUUUCUUUUAAAAUUGCUAAAAUAUCAAAUUUUAAAAUCAGGAAUGUUAGGGAUACCCUCAGAAAGUCUG